ACUCGCGAGUAUACCGACACAUUUGCGUAUGGUUUUAUAUGUGUGUUUUCAUCAUAAACACAUUUGGCAUUGAUUAUUGAUAAGAAUAGAACUAUCGCAUGUAAAUGAAAAACUAAAUCAUCGGCAAAAGGUGUGGCAUCAAAUAGUUUUUGUUUUUGAUUAUUCGACAAGUGCUGUAUGUUUUCCGGCAAAAUUAGUGAUAACCGACCAUUUAGCGUUUGUUGACAGUGUAUAACACCAAUAUAAUAAUUAAAAUUUCGAUCACAUGCGCAUGUCGCCGUAAUUCGUCAAUUUAGUACUAAAAAUUCAAUAUGAUCCCGCUUUUGGCAUAAAAUACACAAAAAAAAUUCAGAAUCCGAAUACAGUGCGAGUGUUUAGAAAGUCAUAGAACUUUGAAUUAAUUGAAAGAAAAUUAAGUUAAAUUCGAACUAAAAAUAAAUCGCAAUUUUUCAACGGGCGUGUUUGUAAGUUUUUGUUUAUUAUAGUGCUUCGGCUAAUUCAGGCUGGAUUUAUCGGGAAGAGGCUUUUUUUCGUGUGUAUUUUCUUAGCGUCAUCGCUAACAUAAGUGUGUAAAAUUUGUGUUUUCAUUUUCCGUGUUCAAAUAUUUAUUGCCAAUCUAAAUUUAGACGGUGAAGUGGUUCCUGAUAUCGAAACAAUUUGUGUGUAUCGCGUUUUUUUGGGUGCAAAUUGUUCAUAAUUGUUUGGAUAUACAGAGAGACAGGCGAAGCGAAUUUUGCAGAGGCAGAGUAUUGGUAAACAGAUACAAUGGGAAAUAUACACACUGUCGGGCCAAACGAAGCCUUAAUUGUUUCAGGUGGAUGCUGUGGUUCAACCAAAAAACGAACCAUCGUUGGCGGUUGGGCUUGGGCAUGGUGGCUCGUGACCGAUGUCCAACGUCUAUCACUCGAAGUGAUGACAUUGAAUCCGAUGUGUGAGGGUGUUGAGACCGCACAGGGUGUACCGUUGACCGUAACUGGUGUUGCUCAAUGUAAAAUCAUGAAGAUGAUGAACGUGUAUUAUUUUCACCAUCAGGCCGACGAGCUUCUCGGUACCGCUAGCGAACAGUUCUUGGGCAAAUCGGUCAAGGAAAUCAAGCAAACCAUUCUCCAGACAUUGGAGGGACAUUUGAGAGCUAUUUUGGGAACUCUUACUGUCGAAGAGGUGUACAAAGAUCGCGACCAAUUUGCAGCUUUAGUACGCGAAGUCGCCGCUCCUGAUGUUGGCCGUAUGGGCAUCGAGAUUCUGUCAUUUACCAUCAAAGAUGUCUACGACGAUGUUCAGUAUUUGGCAUCAUUGGGAAAAUCGCAAACGGCGAGUGUUAAACGUGACGCUGAUACGGGUGUGGCCGAAGCUAACCGUGACGCUGGAAUUCGUGAAGCCGAAUGCGAAAAAAGUGCAAUGGAUGUCAAAUACUCAACUGACACCAAAAUUGAAGACAACGCUCGCAUGUUCAAAUUACAGAAAGCUCAUUUUGAUCAAGAGAUAAACACGGCGAAAGCCGAAUCACAACUCGCUUAUGAGUUACAAGCGGCUAAAAUUCGUCAAAGAAUCCGUAACGAAGAAAUCCAAAUCGACAUUGUCGAACGUCGCAAACAAAUCGAAAUCGAAUCGCAAGAAGUCGAACGAAAGGAACGUGAACUGAAGGCAACGGUCAGAUUGCCGGCUGAUGCGGAAAAUUAUCGAGUUCAAUUGAUUGCCGAAGGUAAACGCACUCAGACGGUUGCGGUUGCCAUGGCCGAAGCCGAACGCAUUAAGAAAAUCGGUGCCGCUGAAGCAUCGGCUAUUGAGGUCGUUGGCAAGGCAGAGGCCGAGAAAAUGCGAAUGAAGGCGGCUGUUUACAAACAGUACGGUGACGCAGCUAUUAUGAAUAUUGUUCUGGACGCAUUACCAAAGAUUGCUGCCGAAAUAUCUGCACCACUCGCCAAAACUGACGAAAUCGUUUUGAUUGGCGGCAGUGACAAUUGCACCGGAGACGUGGCACGCCUUGUAGGUCAACUACCACCAGCUAUAAACGCUUUGACUGGUGUGGAUUUGUCGAAAGUGCUAUCCAAAUUACCUGGUGCUACUGUCAGCGCCAAGGCGUAAUCAUUACGUUGAAUUUUGUUUUACGAGAAAAAAAAUAUUUUUUUUCGUUUUUUUUCGUUCAUUUACUUAAAACAAUGAAUUGCUUUACUCCUGAUAUUAUGGCUUAACAAUCUUCUAAGAAAUAUUACUUGAAUAAAAUGAGAAAAAAGUAAAAAAGAAAUAAUUUAAAAAAUAGAUGAAAAAAUUAAAUGGACAAAAAAAUAUAAGAAAACAAAAAUAUAUUUUUUAUAAAACGAAAAUAUAUUUUUUCCUGCUACAAGGGGGGCACCCGUCAAGAAUAUUCAAUAAAUUUUUUCAACAUUUUUCUAUUUUUGUGUUCAUCAAUUUACAAAUUUACUGACUCUUUUUCCUUUGUACGAUAUUACAAGUCAUUGAUCCAUCCAAUAAGUUUUGUAGAGUUAAAUUGUCAUAUUCUUCGGUCAUAAAUGUAUUUGGUCAUCAAAAUUAGUCAGAAUUUUUUGUACAUAAAUCUUAAAUUAUUUGACAGACGAAGAGAGAAACAAACCAAAAAAAAAAUUAACAAUUAUUUUACAUUGUGACCUACUCACCGUUAUGUAUAAUUAAUUUAUGUCGAUUGGUUUUCGUAUAAAUUUCAAAAUGUUCGAUUUCAGCAGCAACA